UGUGAAUCUUUAUUUAUCCGGUUCGUUUCUGUGUUUUUUCGUGAUUUUUCACCUCUUAGCGAUGGAUGCUCGGAAAAGGCAGCCGUGUGUGUGUUAGUCUGCGGCUGCUGAACGUGUUCUCGGGUCGGUGCUCGGUCGUUAUUCUUCGCCCAGUCAGUCCAUGGAUGAUCAGCAUGAGUCCAUCGAUCUCAGGUCUCCUCCAGCGGUGGAACCGUCACCGGCUGCUGCAGCUGCAGGACACAGCUGGUUCCCUGGACCGCCUCCACCCAUCUACACCUGCACCCUGACCCCUGAGCUGGUGGCCAAGGCGCGGGAGGAGCUCCAGGAGAAACCAGAGUGGCGUCUCCGGGAUGUCCAAGCACUGAGAGAUAUGAUACUGAAGGAACAGCCCAACCUCAGGACGAGGCUGGAUGACACCUUCCUCCUGCGCUUCCUGCGGGCCAGGAAGUUCGACUACGACCGUGCCAUGCAGCUGCUGCUUAAUUACCACGCGGGUCGUAAGGCCUGGCCAGAGGUGUUCCAGGACCUGAAGCCAUCCACGGUGAAACACGUCCUGGACCUGGGCUUUCUCACGGUCCUGCCUCAGCCGGACCCCAACGGAAGAUACAUCCUCUGUCUGCGGCCAGGAAAAUGGAAGCCAAAUGAUUAUCCGUUUGUUGACAACGUGAGGGCCAUUUAUCUGACUCUGGAGAAACUGAUCCAGCCGGAGGAAACGCAGGUCAAUGGUAUUGUCAUCUUGGCCGAUUACACCGGAGUGGGCAUGUCACAGGCAUCGAAUCCAGGCCCAUUCCUCGCCAAAAAGGUUGUGAGCAUCCUCCAGGAUGGGUUUCCAAUCAGAAUCAAGGCUGUUAACAUAAUUAACGAGCCCAGGAUUUUCAAAGGCAUCUUCGCUAUAAUUAAGCCUUUUCUGAAGGAGAAGAUGGCAGAGAGGUACAUCCUCCACGGCUCAGACUUGCGCUCUCUGCACCGGAACAUCCCCAGGUCGGUCCUGCCGGAGGAGUACGGCGGCACCGCGGGCCAGCUGGACAUGUGCGCCUGGUCGAGACUGCUGCUGGACUGUGAGGAGGAAUUCAUAGUGGAGUUCUGCCAGCCGGAUCCACUAGAGGGCGUGGUGCUCCCAGACUCCAUGCUGUUUGAAGGAGAGCAGGCAAGCGGGCAGGACGACGACACCUUCAGGGGGCUCCGCUCUCAACUUUACUACUGUUACUGAUGCACAGCGUAGGCGCAUACACUCGCGUCGCUGAGAGGACAUCUUCUGUUUCAUUUGAAACAUGUGUGUAGACUUUUACAGGGCAAGUUGCCAAUAUUAAACAUGAUUUAUUUUACUAACUAAGCAGCACUACUAUAAUUGGAUAGUCUUUUGUAGUUUACACGUAGCCCAGCAUCUAACCAUGGUUCCAAGGCAGCUGCAGGCUCAGACGAAGAGGCUUUUGACAUGAGCAGAUGCAUGUUUAGCCAAUGAAUGAACUUAUUGUUAUAUAUUACUUAUUAUUUUUUUACAGUCAGGCUGUGUUUAGGAAGAUUGGAACAGGUUUUGCUUGUAAUCUUUUCUUCUGUCCAUACUGAGCAUUAAAAGAUGCCCACCAUGAUGUAAGAGAUGGGGGACAAAAGCCAAAAGUCGUCUCACUAAGACAAAUCAAGUGAGAAGCCUGAUAUUAGCUUCUGCCAAACUUUGAAACACAUUUUCGCCCGGAAUGAGGACUGCAGAUUUUCUGGAAGCACGUUAGGAAGGGAUCUUUUUAAAUGGCUGGUACGAACAGAAGGAAAGAUUACAGCAAGCAGAAACUGUUUCAACCUACAUAUGGACAUGACAGUAUUGUUUUAAGACGGGACACGGAAAAAUGUGAAGUGUGGCCAAUAGUGCUCUGUGUGCAUGGUUACAUCCAACACAACUCAACUCAAAAAAAGUUUAGUGUAUGUAACCGUCUUAUACAUUGCCUUAAACAGUUAUUGAUCAGUAGAUUUUCCUAUGUAUCAUGAAGUUAGAUCUGCGUGUACCAAAGCAAUAUUCAUGUGUAUUUUCAUCAGGGCUUGUAUUUCAUAAGAAUGGAUAUACUUCAUUGUCAGUAAGUGGAAAUAGAUGGCUGCUGCGGCUUUGCGAGAGAGUAAUGUAAUGGAUUUACUGGGAAAAGGUUUUGCUGAAUAUCUAUGUCAUGCACCAUAUUUCAGGGCCUUUUGUUUAGUCGAUGCUUUAGUUUUCUCCAGCUUGAAUCUUAUGAGAGGAUUAUUUUUCUAAGUUAAGAUAAUCUGCCUUAUAUAUAUUUUUUGUUUCAUUGCUCAGUCUUAACCCAGGGCCAUUACUGAUCACAAGAGUCACAUGGGGAAAAGAACAUUCAGUCCUUGACUUUAUAGACAUCUGGUUUGCCAAAUUUUUACCAGGCCAUGUACAGAAAUGUGCAAUAAUGUUGGAUCUGUUAGUAACCCAAAGCUAACUUGAAACAUUUUCAUUGUUCGUCUUUUAUAUUUUUUGAUUUUAAGCAUGUGUGUGUGAAUAUAAACUGUAUUGUGUUGCAGGAUAUUUAUCGUCGGUAGUGAAGACAGUAAAGUAAAAACUCAAAACGGA